AUGAAUAUAGACUGUUUGUGUCGUUGGGUAGUUCUGCCACUGCUGCGCUAUCCACUUCUGGUAGCUCUUGUAUUGAGAUGGUCUCUAAGCGACUCGAUAAGCAUUUGUCUAACAAUCUAUACACUACUGAUAAAUGCAUUCCUCAUUGCUAAUUCCUAUAUAAAGCGGUCGGGACAGGUCGCCUGGAAGAGCCUUCGUGAAUUUAAGAAUGGCAUAGUUCUUAUUACUGGAGGAAGUAAAGGACUUGGACGGGCCAUAGUAUCUCAACUCCUACAAGACUACAGCAACCUGACCAUCUUGAAUGUCGACAUAUGCCCAUCAUCAGUGAGGAAUACUCGCGUGAAGGAUCUCAUCUGCGACCUGAGUGAUGAUGAAGAAGUUGCAGCACUACUGAAUUUGUUGAAAAGAAAGUAUAAAAAUGAAAUCCGAUUGAUUGUGAACAAUGCUGGAGUAAGGGCCAACUUCACCGGAUUCAACGGCAUGGAACGGGAUAAUCUUGAUAAGAUUUUUAAGAUAAACACAUUUGCACCACUUCAGUUCAUUCAAGAACUGGCCCCUAGUAGACACUCAACUAGACAGUGUUAUAUUGUCAAUAUCGCAAGCAUUUUGGGCAUAUUGACGCCGGCCAAAGUAGCAGCUUAUGCGGCGAGCAAAGCAGCAUUGAUAGCCUUUCAUCAGUCGUACAGUUUUGAAUUGCAAAACGAAGGCGUAAGAAAUAUCAGAACACUAUUAGUGACCCCAGGGCAACUGAAUACGGAAAUGUUUGCAGGAUUCAAGCCUCCUCGCCAGUUCUUUGCCCCUGUAAUAGACAUUACUACUCUAGCUGCCAAGAUAGUCCGUUAUUGUGAGCUGGGUCAGAGGGGACAGCUAAAUGAACCCUUUUAUUGUAGUUUUGCUCAUCUUUUGAUGUGCGUACCUUAUUCGCUACAACGCAUUGUAAGAAGCUUCUCUCGCAUAGAUUGCUGCCUCCCGGACGAGUAG